CAUUCCAGCACGACCUUCUAGCAGGCAAGAGGAUUUCUGCUUCAGUGCUGCAGUUCAUUAAAGAGUUGUAAGCAGAAAUGCUGGAAAAGUUUGCUGUGGGCAUGUGACGGGAGAUUUCUGAUAACCUCAAGGCUGCCUUCCAAAUGAUCUUAUUAAUUCUCCCCUAAUUCAGUGUGCUGCUGUUCCUGGAAACCUGUUUGGAAUGCUCUGAUGAUGUUUUUCACUUGCUUGAAGUACAUCAAAUGUAACACAUGAGCCUGAUUUCCAGCAGAGACUUCGGUCUGUGUGCCGUCAGCUGCUUCUCAAGAGUCUCACUCGUGGCUGGGGUUUAAAGUUCCAGCAUUGGUUUUCAAUAUUUUCCAAAGAUAGGAGCUUCUGUGGAACAUCACGUGUCCACUGAGAACUUGGAGCAUGGCUAUGAGCAACGCCAGUGACUCUGUGGUCCUGAGCAAUGGCAGCAUCUUGUCAAAUGCUGCUGGCCCAGGGGUUGUUGCAGCGAAUGACGGAGACAUCACGGUCCAGCAGCUCCCAUCCAAGGAAACACCAAGAACAAAACCAAGUCCAAAUGGCUGCCUGCAACUAAAUGGUACAAUCAAACCAUCCUUUCUGCCUUUAGACAACCAAAGAACUCAGCAGAUGUUGUCGCAAUGCUGCCACCCUUGUCCAUACCAUCAUUCUUUAAGUAGCCAUAAUAGCAAGCAAGAAUGUCAUUCAGUGGUUGGCAGCUCAGCACCAUCUCCUAUGACCUCGUGCUGCAUGCAGCCACACACUGAGUACUCAGCCUCUAUUUGCCAAAAACACACCCCUGUCUAUCAGCCUGCCUGCUGUCUUCAGCCCUCCCCAUCCUUCUGCCUUCACCAUCAGUGGCCUGACCAUUUCCAGCAUCAGCCUGUGCAGCAACACAUAGCCAGGAUAAGGCCAGCCAGACCAUUUAAGUUACCAAAAAGCUACGCCGCUCUCAUCGCCGACUGGCCCGUGGUGGUCCUGGGCAUGUGCACCGUGCUCAUAGUGGUGUGUGCACUCGUGGGAAUAUUAGUUCCAGAUCUUCCAGAUUUCUCUGAUCCACUGCUGGGUUUUGAGCCCAGAGGGACUGCCAUAGGACAGAGAUUGGUCACAUGGAACAACAUGGUGAAAAACACAGGGUACAAAGCCACACUUGCAAACUAUCCUUUCAAAUAUGCAGAUGAGCAAGCUAAAAGUCAUCAAGAUGACAGAUGGUCAGAUGAUCACUAUGAAAGAGAGAAGAGGCAAGCAGACUGGAACUUCCACAAGGAUACCUUUUUCUGUGAUAUUCCAAGUGAUCGCUAUUCACGAGUGGUGUUUACAUCAACAGAAGGAGAGAAUUUAUGGAAUUUGAAUGCAAUUAAGUCAAUGUGCAAUGUAGACAACUUGAGGAUCAGAUCCCAUUCCCAGUUUGGUGAUCUUUGCCAGAGAGCCACUGCUGCUUCAUGCUGUCCCAGCUGGACACUGGGAAACUAUAUUGCUAUUCUGAACAACAGGUCAUCGUGUCAGAAAAUUGUUGAACGGGAUGUGUCUCACACCCUGAAGCUGCUUCGCACUUGUGCCAAAUACUACUACAACGGGACCCUGGGGCCGGACUGCUGGGAUAUGAAUGCCAAGAGGAAGGACCAGCUCAAGUGUACAAACGUGCCUCGCAAAUGUACCAAGUACAAUGCUGUUUACCAGAUCCUUCACUACCUAGUGGACAAGGAUUUCCUAAGCCCAAAGACAGCUGACUAUGUCUUACCAGCUUUAAAAUACAGCAUGCUCUUCUCCCCGACUGAGAAAGGGGAAAGCAUGAUGAGUAUUUACCUAGAUAACUUUGAGAACUGGAACGCUUCUGAUGGUGUAACAACCGUCAUGGGAAUUGAGUUUGGAAUAAAACAUAGGUUGUUUCAAGAUUACUUGUUGAUGGAUACUGUGUAUCCUGCCAUAGCCAUUGUAAUUGUUCUGUUAGUUAUGUGUGUGUACACCAAGUCCAUGUUUAUCACGCUGAUGACUAUGUUUGCAAUAAUUAGUUCCUUGAUUAUUUCUUAUUUUCUCUAUCGGGUAGUAUUUAAUUUUGAGUUCUUUCCAUUCAUGAAUCUCACGGCAUUGAUUAUCCUUGUUGGGAUUGGAGCAGAUGAUGCUUUUGUUUUAUGUGAUGUUUGGAACUACACAAAGUUCGAUAAACCUCAUGCUGGAACCUCUGAGACAGUGAGCAUCACAUUGCAACAUGCUGCUCUUUCCAUGUUUGUCACGAGUUUUACAACCGCUGCUGCCUUCUAUGCUAAUUAUGUCAGCAAUAUCACAGCAAUCAGGUGUUUUGGUGUUUAUGCUGGCACUGCCAUUCUGGUGAAUUAUGUUUUGAUGGUAACGUGGCUGCCUGCUGUAGUUGUAUUACAUGAACGAUAUCUUCUCAAUAUUUUCAGUUGCUUUAAGAAACCUCAGCAGAGGGUAUACAACAACAAAAGCUGCUGGACAGUGUUGUGCCAAAUGUUCCACAAGAUUAUUUUUGCAGUCUCAGAGGCAUCCAGGAUAUUUUUUGAGAAAGUUUUGCCAUGCAUUGUUAUCAAAUUUCGGUAUAUUUGGCUUUUCUGGUUCCUUGCCUUAACAAUUGGUGGAGCAUAUAUCGUGUGUGUAAAUCCAAAGAUGAAACUGCCAUCGUUGGAGCUUUCUGAGUUUCAGGUAUUUAGGUCUUCUCACCCAUUUGAACGAUACGAUGCAGAAUACAAAAAACUCUUUAUGUUUGAACGUGUCCACCACGGAGAAGAGCUCCACAUGCCGAUUACAGUAAUCUGGGGUGUCACACCUGAGGAUAAUGGUGACCCUUUAAACCCUAAAAGCAAAGGAGAGCUGCAGCUAGAUACCAGUUUUAAUAUCGCUAGCCCAGCUUCACAGGUUUGGAUUUUACGUUUUUGUCAGAAGUUAAGAAAUCAAACCUUUUUUUAUCAGACGGAAGAACAAGACUUCACAAGCUGCUUCAUUGAAACAUUUAAACAGUGGAUGGAAAAUCAAGACUGUGAUGAGCCAUCACUUUACCCCUGCUGCAGCCACUGGAGCUUCCCAUACAAACAAGAAGUUUUUGAAUUAUGUAUCAAGAGAGCUAUAAUGGAGCUAGAAAGAAGCACAGGGUACCAUUUAGAUAGCAAAACCCCAGGGCCUCGCUUUGACCUUAAUGACACCAUCAGGGCAGUGGUGUUGGAGUUCCAAAGCACCUACCUCUUCACACUGGCUUAUGAGAAAAUGCAUCAGUUUUACAAAGAGGUGGACUCAUGGAUUUCAAAUGAGCUUAGUUCUGCUCCUGAAGGUCUUAGCAGUGGUUGGUUUGUAAGUAACCUUGAAUUUUACGAUCUUCAGGACAGUCUUUCUGAUGGUACUCUGAUUGCCAUGGGCCUUUCAGUUGCCGUGGCAUUUAGCGUAAUGCUUCUUACAACUUGGAAUAUAAUCAUAAGCCUUUAUGCAAUAGUUUCAAUAGCUGGAACUAUUUUUGUCACUGUAGGUUCUCUGGUUCUUCUUGGGUGGGAGCUGAACGUGUUGGAAUCUGUCACAAUCUCAGUGGCUGUUGGCUUGUCAGUGGACUUUGCUGUUCAUUAUGGAGUGGCUUAUCGCUUAGCCCCUGACCCUGACCGGGAGGGGAAAGUCAUUUUUUCUUUAAGCCGUAUGGGUUCUGCUAUUGCAAUGGCUGCCUUGACUACAUUUGUAGCUGGGGCAAUGAUGAUGCCCUCAACAGUGUUGGCAUACACUCAGCUUGGCACUUUCAUGAUGCUUAUAAUGUGCAUUAGCUGGGCUUUCGCAACCUUCUUCUUCCAGUGCAUGUGCCGAUGCCUUGGGCCCCAGGGCACUUGUGGCCAGAUCCCACUACCAAAAAAACUGCGGUGUAAUGCCUUCUCUCAGGCCUUUUCAGGAGCCCAAGGGGGCAGAAGCCAAAACAAAUCACAUCCUGUUAGCAAGUAUCAGCUGGACUCCAGGAGUCAGAAACCAGAAAUGGAGCAUGAGCACUAUGAGCUUGAACCUCUGGCAUCACAAACCAGAAUCUGUAACCCUGCAGAGAAAGUGACAUAUGAAGAAACUCAUAUCUGCUCAGAGCUCUUCAGCAGCAGGCCCCAAAACUCAUGUGUGCCUAUGCAUCCAGCCUAUAAUAGUGAAGUUAGUAAAGGCAUCAAAAAUGUUGCUAAUUCAGCUGUGCUGCAGACGUCUAUUGACCAACACACCGUAUGCCCAAUUUUCUCUCAGAACAGGCAGUGUAGCUGUCCUGAUGCAUAUAAGCAGGUGGCAGUGAAGUGGAGUCCACACUCCUGUCAGCAGUUAAGCGACACCUUCUGUUACCAGUGUUCUCCUUCCCCGGGGACCGUACAGAUCCAAAGCUCUGUAGCUCCCAUAAAUGCUUUACAGCAAGCUGCCGAGGGUUACGUGCAUCCAGUCCAGCAUGUCCUCCAUUGCAGCUGCCUUCAAGGAAGGCUCAAAAGAACGAUGACACAAAACUCUCUGCCUAAAAAUUUUUUUCUUCAGUCAGUGCAACAGUUCCAGGCACAUCAGAGAAUAAACAGAACAGAUACACAUGCUCAUCAAAACCCAGAGGAAAACGUGAGAACUGCUCCAAAGGUGAUGAGCUCCUCACAGUUCCUCUGCCGAAAUGCAGCACCUCUAAUAGUGCGUUGCUCUGAAUGUGAGAACAGCAUCUCAAAUAACCAAAAGGGAUUCUGUCAGCAGAUAGACAAGUGUGAUGAAAAGGGUGGUACAGAAGCGAACGGGGUGGAAAGCAAGAAAGCCUCUCUGUCAAAGCAGAAAAAGAAAGCUGAGGGCAAGAUAGAUCAGCGUUCUUUGCAGAAUGACCGAGUUUUGAAGGCUGACCAAAAUGAUAAAAAACACCUGCUGACCAGGUCAGGGAGAGAAGCUCGCUCCGAGGGUUGCCAUGAAAGUUCACAUUGUUGUGGUAAGGCAAUCGCAGUGAAGUGCAAUUCUGUUGACUGUCAAAUGCCAAACGUCGAAGCCAAUGUGCCUCCUAUGUUAAUGCGCCCAGAACUUUCCAAUGAAAGUUUGUUAAUAAAAACACUAUAAUAAACCUUUAAGUUGGCAAUCUUGCGUCUUUCUUUUGAAAGAAAGUUUAGAGCACUAGAAAGGAAAGUCCUGAAUAAAUAUGAAUUAUAAUUUGCCUUUUAGAAUGAAAAAUGUAUUUUAUAGAACAAUAGCAUUUAUACAUUUCAUAAAGCCAUUACAUGUAGUAAAACCUGAUGUUGUCCAGAAUGUUUUUUUGCUGUAACUCAUAAGGUGGAUUACACUUCAUUUAGGUUUUGUUCCAGGGCAUUAGUGUUGGAUUUCUCCUUAUAAACCAUCUCAAGAAAUAAACCAUUGCAAAGAAACUCUCCCUGUUCUGAAGCGAGGGCUUGUGAGAUCGAUAAUGUUAGGGGCAGACUGAGAUUGCCACAUUUCCUGAGUAUGUAAUUCACCUUUAUUCUGCUGCUGCCUUGGCAGGCUUCUGCACACCUUGAAACAGCAGCAGGACUAACUGUGUUCUUUCAGAAUUGUUUGACAGACCAACUCUCCAGGGUAGCCUGUUUGGGGAAUAUUUUUAACUAUUGAUCCUAACAAAAUCUUUAAAAAAUGCUCUUGGAGGCCUACAGCAUUUGCACUGCCUGUGCUGCAUUUCUGUGUAUAUAGUUCAGUAAAACAUUUUAAACUGCCUUCCUGGCAGUUAGUGUAUAGACUUUACCAUUACAUACCAGAGAAUACAGGUGGGAACAAUAGUCAGUGAACAUUAUUGACUUCUCAGUGAUGACAACAAAAAUACAGUUUAUGCAGCUGACAGGUGUAUGUAAAAUCAGGAGUUGUAAAAUUGGACAUGAAGUGCUUUGCAAUACUGAACUUUUUCCCACAGAGUUAAUCUGUGGAGAAAGGCGUAGUUAAUGCACAGGUUCUAGACUUACUGCCAACAGUAUCAGAUUAAGUCAACUCAAAAGGCUCAGAAACAUAAAUUAAAGUAUUGUGUUCUGAGUGUUCCUGUCUGGAGAAGUUCCAAGAUGAAGUUACAAAUACUGAACUAAACCGUGUAACCAAGACAUUGGAUUUUAGAUGUUGUAUCUGUGUAAGUACAGGGUUUAGUCACAUGAUAGCUGUGGGUAAUCAUGGGAAUACUUGCUGUUCUUAUCACUCAGGGAGAGUGGAUUUGAGACCUGGAACUGUGUAGUGUGUCAUAAUUUCUAUGUACCUUAAUGACAAAUCUCUCUUCAUUUCAUUGCUUGGUUAUGCUGAUGAUACUGAUUUAUGAGACACAGAAGAUAGAUUUCAUGGGCUGAUGUGAUAUCAGGUACUGGGUGUGUAAUGAAUCAUUGGAGAAAAAUCCUGGCUAAUUCUGACCGAGUGCUCACGUUGAGGGCAUGCAGAAGGUUCACAUCAUGCAACAAACCACUUUGGUUUGGCUGGGGGUAGUGAUGUUAGUGCUUAUAUGUCCCAGUGACUGGAAGAGGGUUGAAAUCUACAGAAAAACUGAAAUUACUUUAACACGGUUUAAGAACAGUAUAAUUCUUUCUUAGUUACAAAAUAAAACUCUGUUUUAGUUAUCUUG